UUAUUUUCUUCACAUAACUAAACCGCUUGAUUUUCAUGGUUCACAACGAGAUUUGGUUUAUGAUACACUGCGAGCUGACCACCUCAUCCCCUGCCCGCCGCCACUGCCCCUUCACCGCUGCCCGUCGUUGGUUCUGUGAUUGAAGAAGGUAUCAAACGACUUCUGGUUGCUCUCGUUUGCCCUCAAAUUCUUGAGCUUCUGUUAAAUGGAGUAACGGCAUUGAUGAGAGUAUAAUGGGUUUGUUGGCAGUCACAUGGCCGAAGUGUCUAAAAAAGCAUCUUCCACUAAAAUUAAGGUUUCUUCAUACCUUAAAAGACCAUCAUUUUGACCAAAUUUUAAUGUCGCCUGCUCUUGCAUCUCUGGACUUGCCUGACAUUUGGACUCCUAAUUCUUCUUGUCAGAGUAUUCCAGCAUUACAUAAAAGCUUUAAUCAGCAGACGGCUGAGGUGCUUGAUGGAAAAUCGAUAUCAGCGGAAAUCAGAUCAAAAAUAGCUGAUGAGGUAAGACACAUGAAGAAACACCUAGGAAAAGUUCCUGGAUUAGCUGUAAUUUUGGUGGGCGAGAGAAGGGAUUCUCAAAUUUAUGUUCGCAACAAGAUAAUGGCAUGUGAGGAAGUUGGAAUCAAGUCUUCGGUGACUGAAUUACCUGCUGAUUGUGCAGAAACAGAUGUUCAAAAUGCUGUCAUGAGAUUUAACAAGGAUCCUUCAAUUCAUGGUAUUCUUGUGCAACUUCCUCUACCACAACAUCUAAAUGAGGAAAAAGUUUUGGAUGCUCUAAGCCUAGAAAAAGAUGUAGAUGGUUUUCAUCCUCUGAAUAUGGGGAAUCUUGCCAUAAGAGGAAGGGAGCCACUGUUUAUUCCCUGCACUCCAAAGGGUUGCAUUGAGUUAUUGAUCAGAUCUGGAGUUAAGAUUAUGGGGAAGAAAGCCGUGGUGAUUGGGAGAAGUAAUAUUGUUGGAUUGCCAGCAUCCUUGCUAUUGCAGAGACACCAUGCAACAGUCACGGUUGUGCAUGCAUUUACAGAAAACCCUGAACAGAUAACAUCAAAAGCGGAUAUUGUAGUUUCAGCUGCUGGGGUGCCCAAUUUGGUCCGUGGGAACUGGAUAAAGAAUGGUGCAACUGUGAUUGAUGUUGGAACAAUUCCUGUUGAGGACCCUAGCUGCGAGGAUGGGUAUCGUCUAGUAGGUGAUGUAUGCUUUGAAGAAGCUGUAAAGGUGGCAUCCCUUGUUACUCCUGUGCCGGGUGGGGUUGGACCUAUGACGGUUGCUAUGCUGCUAUUGAACACGCUAACUUCUGCAAAGCGCAUGCUUAAUUUUACUUGACCUCUGCCAGUUGUGCUUUGUACACAGCACAUUUGUUCAAUUGUUUUCCGUGUAGAGGAUUAACCUGUAUACAGACACUAAAGUUUUAGGGGAUCAUUUUUGCCAUACACCAAAAGUGUUGUUUGUAAACCGUAAUAAAAGUAAUUAUUUUUCCCAAAAAUACUCUUAUAAUUUAAAAGAUAUUCCCGGAA